CCCCCCGGCCACCCCCCACCCCCGCGCUGGCACUGCUGGGUGCUGACACCGGGACCCCCGGCACCGCCACGGCCCCGCGCCCCUGGUCUGACCCCGCUGCCCGUGAUGACACGGGGGCAGGGCCGGAGCCGGCCAGACCCCCCCGCGCCCGGCCGGACACACAGGGACCCGACCCGCCGGCACCCAGGAUGCCCACCAUGACGCUCUGGCUGCCCCUCCUGUGGCUGGUGGCCGCAGCCACGGCCACUGUCACCCCGGUGCCCUCCCCGGAGGUCUCUCCCAGCUGGCUGAAGGUCCUCAUACAGCACCCGCUGACGCCGGAGCCCCCCCAUCCUGCACCAGGCCCACCGGGGGAUGCGGGGGCACCCCUCCUGCCCGUGCCCACCCCCCCUGCCCACCUCAAGGACGUGCCUGGCUCGGAUGCCGCCCCCCCCAACGCCACAGACCCCCCUAGCUUUGAGGAGGCUGAAGGAGCACCCGAGGAGCUGAGCACCGUGGCCAACGGCAGCACAACAGCGCCGGUGCCCAGCACCACCCUUGCCCCCCCCAGCACCACCCUUGGUCCCCCUGGCACCCAGGGCACCAUCGCUCCGCCGUGCCCUGGGGACGAGGAGCCGGCCGAGGGCUGCGGGGAGCCCACGGGGGAGCAGCGGGCGGCCGUGGCCGAGGCGUUGGGCACCUUCGCCCUCCGCUUCUACCAGCACAUGGCAGAGGCUGCCCAGCCCGAUGCCAACCUGCUCUUCUCCCCCAUCAACGUCGCCAUGGGGCUCUCGCACCUCCUGCUCGGCGCCCGUGGCGAGACCCGAGAGCGCCUGGGUGCCAUCCUGGCGUACCCACCGGGGAUGGCCUGCCUGCACGGCGCCCUGCGGCAGCUCGCCAGCGCGCCCGGGCUCUUCUCGGCCGCGCAGAUCUUCCACCACCCAGAGCUGCAGCUCCGGACCCGCUUCCUCAACGAGUCGCUGCGCUUCUACGGCGCCCGGCCGCAGGCGCUGAGCGGCAACGAGAGCCUGGACCUGCUGCGUGUCAACGAGUGGGUGCGCGGGGCCAGCCGGGGGGUCCUGCCUGGCCUCCUGCCCGCCAUGCCUCCCCAGCCCCGCCUGCUGCUGCUCAGCGCCGUCCACCUCCGCGCCGCCUGGCGCACGCCCCUUGAUGCCAAGUGGACGAUGCCGCUGCCCUUCCUGCGCCCCGGGCGCCCCCCCCGCCUGGUGCCCACCAUGACCAGCAAGAAGUACCCGGUGGCUUCCUUCACUGACCCCCGCCUGCAGGUCCAGGUGGGGCGGCUGGAGCUGAGCGGGGGGCUGAGCCUGGUGGUGCUGGUGCCGCGGGGGCCCCUGGGGGCGCUGGGGACGCUGGAGCGGGCACUGGACCCCCCCACCUUCCUGGGGCUGCUGCGGCGGGUGGCCCGCACCCCCCCCCAGGCCACUGCGCUGGCCCUGCCCCGCCUGCGCCUGGACCUCGCCCUGGACGUGGUGGCCCUGGUCCACGACAUGGACUACGGGCUGUUCCUGGACGCGGAGCUGUGCGGGCUGGCGCGGGGCCCGGCGGUGGCGGUGGACACGGCGCGGCACCGGGCAGUGCUGGCGCUGGACGAGGCCGGCGUGGAGGCAGCGGGCGCCAUGGCCACCUCGGUGGCCCGCACGGCCCUGCUGCUGGAGGCCCUGCGCCCCUUCCUCUUCGUCCUCUGGCACGACGCCGACGCCGUCCCCCUCUUCAUGGGCCGCCUCAGCGACCCCCAGCCCUGACCCCGGCCCCUGCCCACCUCCCGCCCUCCCUCCAUCCCUCCCUCCUCUCACCCCUCUAUCCCUCCUGCCCUCCCUCCAUCUCUCCUUCUCUCCCUCCAUGCCUCGCACCCUCCACUUCUCACCCCUCCAUCUCUCCCUCCUGCCCUCCCUCCAUCCCUCCUGCCCCCCUGCCCUCCCUCCUCUCACCCCUCUAUCCUUCCUGCCCUCCCUCCAUCCCUCCAUGGCUCGCACCCUCCACUUCUCCCCCCUCCACCUCUCCCUCCUGCCCUCCCUCCAUCCCUCCCUCCUCUCUCCCCUUCAUCCCUCCAUCCCUCCCUUCAUCCAUCCCUCCCUCCUCCUGCCCUCCCUCCAUCCCUUGUCCCUCCCUCCUUCCUCUCCUCCCUUUCUCCCUCCCUCCCUUUUUACCCCUCCUUCCCUCUUUCCUUCCCACCACCCUCCAGUCUCCCUCCUUCCCUCUUCCCUCCCUCCAGCUCUCCUUCCCUCCCUCCUUCCACCCCCACACACCUCCCCCCCAUCUCCCACCCCUCCCUCCCCUGCCUGCCCCCCUUUCCCUCCCCCUCCACACCCCCCAGCCCCACAGGGCACUAUGGGGUCCCUGCCCCCCCACUCUCCCCCGUGCCUCAGUUUCCCCA